GUUGCUGGACAUUUACAUUAUUGUGUUUCAUCAUGGCUGGACACCUGCUGCUAGUCAUCCUCAUGUAUUCCUUUCAUGAACUCAAAGCACAAGUCCUUCUUCCACCUAAACUGACAGUGAAUCCAGCAGUGAUCACAGAGACAGACUCAGUCACACUGAACUGUCAGACUCCACCAUCAGUGUCUGUGACUCAGUGUUAUUUCUACACUUUAAAUGGAGGAACUACCAGAGUCCUCUCUUGUCUGCAGACACUGACAGGGACUGAACUGCUGAAGAUGGCACAUCAGAGAUUACCUGCUACGGUUGGAUUGCAAUGUUAUUACAAAGCAAUUCUUGGGGAAACAAAUGCUCCAUCUAAAUUCAGUGACACAACCUUCGUUACCAUUCAAAUCCUUCUUCCACCUAAACUGACAGUGAAUCCACCAGUGAUCACAGAGACAGACUCAGUCACACUGAACUGUCAGACUCCACCAUCAGUGUCUGUGACUCAGUGUUAUUUCUACACUGAAGGAACUAUCAGAGUCCUCUCUUGUCUGCAGACACUGACAGGGACUGAACUGCUGCAGAUGGCUCAUCAGAGAUCACCUGCUGAGAUUAAAAUAAAAUGUUAUUACACUGUAAAACGUGGAGAGACAAAUUCUCCAUCUCCACACAGUGACACAACCUCCAUCAUGAUACAAAUUGCUGCAGAAAACAAUGAGAGAAAAACUGAUUUAACAACUUCCAUUUCUACUACAACGUCACCUGUGGGUGGAGGUGAUGAAGGUCAGACUGCUAACAGAGCUACCACGCCUGUAACUCCUGUAAAACCAGCAUCAGGUCAGACUGCUUUUAGACCAGAUACUACUGUUGGAUUGAUCUCUACUUCCUUAUCAUCAGUGAAAACAACAUCAGAAACAGUUACUGCUGAUAUUAAUCUAAGUGCAAAAGGUAGCAUGACGACUGCUGUUGAAACUCCUCUGAAUGUGACAUCAGGAGACAAUAAUACAGAAACAUGGACGUGGGAGUUGCUUGUUGUUGUUAUUGGAGUAGCUGGUUUUGGAGUAACUGUAGGUGUCAUCUCUCUGGGAUUGGCACUUCUCUGUUCCCAAAGAAGAAAUGACAAUGUUUCAUGCACCAGGACACAAGGCAAAGUCACUGAUGAAUAUGUACCCAUGAGAAAUAUUGACCAUGUUGAGAGAAAGUUACCUGCAGGUAACGCUGAAGCCAACAUUAUGAUCAGCUCUCAACCUGGUGAUGACUGUCCUACUGGUUCUGAAAUACCAAGUUGGUCGGAGCUUGAAAAUGAGGAUGACACAUACCAUACGUACGCCACCAUCUCUGGGGAGCAAGCUGCAUUAGAUGUGAUGAAUAUGUUGUACAGCACUGUAAAGAAAUAG